AUGGGUCAAGGCUACUCCAUCACAACCCUGUCCGCGGGGUCGGCAGGGAUCGAUGUUCCCGAACUUUCGGACCUGGUGUAUGAGAGAUCCAUGGGCGGUGGCCGGUUUAUGAAGAGCAUCCGCGCCAGGCAGCAAAAUGGCCUUGUGUUCGUCAAGGUCAUCAUGAAGCCGUAUCCGACAAUGGAGCUGGAAAAAUAUGUGAAAGCUAUCGCUCGGGAACGCAAGCUCUUGACUGAUGUGCCAAACGCAUUGAGCUAUGAGCGAAUCCUAGAAACUGGUAAUGGUGGCUAUCUGGUGCGCCAAUAUAUCCACAGCUCUCUCUACGAUCGUAUGAGCACCCGGCCAUUUCUCGAAGAUAUCGAAAAGAAAUGGAUCGCAUUUCAACUUUUAUGCGCCUUGCGUGAUUGCCAUUCCUUGGACGUGUUCCACGGUGAUAUCAAAACUGAGAACAUCUUAGUUACUUCAUGGAAUUGGCUCUACCUUUCUGAUUUUUCUUCGUCGUUCAAGCCAACUUUCCUUCCCGAAGAUAAUCCUGCCGACUUUUCGUUCUUCUUUGACAUAUCAGGUCGAAGAACUUGCUAUCUGGCCCCUGAAAGGUUUCUUGAGGCCGGAGAAGAGGAAGGCAGCCGCAACGUUAACUGGGCAAUGGACAUAUUCAGUGCCGGUUGCGUGAUUGCAGAGCUCUUCCUUGAGUCACCCAUCUUUACUCUCAGCCAAAUGUACAAAUACCGCAAGGGUGAAUACAGCCCAGAGCUGAGCCAGCUGGUGAAGAUUGAAGAUCCGGACAUUCGAGAACUCAUUCUACAUAUGAUUCAACUAGAUCCAGAGUCUCGAUAUUCCGCCGAUGAAUACCUAAACUUCUGGAAGAAUAAGGCCUUCCCCGAAUACUUUUACAGCUUCCUUCACCAAUACAUGUCCCACAUGACCGACCCUUCAUCGGGAAAAAACAAGGUGGAUGCAGAAUCGACCAAUCGGGGGGAAACCGACUACCGUAUAGAGACAGUUUGUCUUGACUUUGACAAAAUAUCAUAUUUUCUUGGUACCGCAGCCCGGCCUCCCCAAGAUGUUUCCAAUGAGAACAUAUCUCGGUUGACAGGAGAUGUACUCCCAGUCAAGCUCGAUCUCCCAAAUGGUGAUACCACGACGUCCAACCCGCAAUCGCAAUCGCAAUCAGAUGAAGGGGUUUUGAUAUUUUUGACCCUUGUUGUCUCCAAUUUACGGACCACGGCCAAGGCUUCUGCUCGGGUCAAAGCCUGUGAUAUACUUCUAGCCUUUGCAGAAAGGUUGUCGGAUGAGGCCAAACUCGAUCGUGUCCUUCCCUAUAUCAUGCUUCUUCUCAAUGACAAGACCGAUUCGGUGAAGGUUGCAGCGAUUCGAACCCUGACACAGCUUCUGGAAAUGGUCCACGAAGUCUCUCCCGUGAAUGCCUACCUGUUUUCUGAGUAUAUUUUCCCAAGGUUGCAACCUCUUGUUGUAACUUCCAAACACAACCCGAGUCCAGUGGUUCGCUCCACGUAUGCCUCUUGUAUUGCGUCCUUGGCGCAUUCUUCGUUGAAGCUCUUGGAUAUUAUCCAAGCAUUGCGCUCGGAUACUCGUCUUACCGCACUUAUCCCCGUUGGUUUCGAACCUCGGUGGACCGAGGACGCGACGUUCCAUAACCUCUAUGAUGUCGCUCGCAAUGACCUUCUAGAAUAUUUUGAGUUUCAUACGAAAGCGCUAUUGACGGACGCAGAUCCAUCCGUUCGCCGGGCUUUUCUAGGGUCCGUGUCCAGUCUCUGCGUGUUUUUCGGGAACUUGAAAUCGAGUGAGGUUAUACUGAGCCAUUUGAAUACUUACUUGAACGACCGCGACUGGAUUUUGAAAUGCGCUUUCUUUGAGACGGUUGUUGGUGUCGCCGCAUAUGUGGGGACUAUCAGCUUAGAGCAAUACAUUUUACCUCUGAUGGUACAGUCUAUGACUGAGCCAGAAGAACUUGUCGUGGAGAAGGUAAUCCGGUCACUUGCAGCCAUGGCUGAAUUGGGAUUGUUCCAGAAAACGACGACAUGGGAACUUCUCCAUGUUACUGUCGGGUUCCUAGUUCAUCCUAGUGUCUGGAUCCGUGAGGCUGCUGUGCAACUGAUCGUCAAGUCUGCCAAGCAUUUCACCAUUGCGGAUAUUCAUUCCAUUCUGACACCGCUCGUUCGCCCUUUCCUCAAGGUGAAGGUCGUCGAAUUCUCCGAGGCGGAGUUUAUUGGUGCUCUCAAGCGUCCGAUCUCAAGAAAUAUCUACGAGGUUGCCUUUCAUUGGGCAUCCAAAACUGAUAGAGGAGUCUUCUGGAAGUCAGCUAGCCCAUUUGGUCUGUCGGAUGGGCAUAGCCCUCGCAUAGGACGAAGUUCUACGUUUAGCUUCAGCUCACAAAAUAAGAACGACGAAGAUGAACAAUGGCUGUCCCGACUAAGAAACCUUGGGAUGGGCUCGGAGGAUGAGCUCAAACUCAUUGCACUCAAGGAUUAUAUCUGGAGAGUAUCCUUACGACAAAGCAGAGAAGCUGAGGCCGAUCCUCCGUCGUUAGGCGAAAUUAUCAGCUUGUCACAGAAUGAUGUCGCCCCUCAGACAGUCUUCUUCGACAAGCAACUCAAUGAAAAGCCGAGAAAUGUCUCCGUGGACAGAAGUGAAACCCCUACUCCAGAGGACACGAAACCGCGAACCAUCGCCGACGCUCUACUUGACGCUUCAACGACAAUUGAGCGAUCCCCCUACGCCCGCACCCUGAGACGCUCAGAUCAAGCCGGUACAGAGUCGUCGGCAUCAUCGCCCGUGGCAUCGUCUCCUGCUGCAGGUCCCGGGUCUCGUCCACUGUCUCCGCCAAGCUCAGACGUUGAUCGAAAUGGCGCCGAUCGCCGACUCAGCUCUGGCCAGGAGAGCACCUCGACCGCUCCUACUCAUACGGACACUCUUCCAUUGCGGGGUGUCUCGGACCGAGUUCAGAAAAAGUCCAGUGCCAUCAAUCUUCUUGGUCGCCAUGAGACCUCCAAGGCGUAUGCCGAAACCAGUACAAGUUCAGCAAACGCAUUUGGAAAAGUCGAUGCUCCAAUCCAGAGAGCAGAUACCCCGCAACAACAACAAUCAGCCCUCGCACAAGCUUAUGAGCAAAAAGGAACACCAACCCCGUCUCGGCAAUAUCGUGCCAAUCAUUCUUAUACGGGCGAUGACCCGGCCGUCUUGCAACUACUGAACAAUGUGUUUGCCGAGAAUUAUCCAACUGAUCUGUUUGAUCUGGGGCCGUAUGUCAAGGAAUUGGACCCUCGACUACCAAUUCGCAAGCCCGGCACACAAGACCCUGGAAGCAUCUGGAGACCCGAAGGGAACCUUGUAGCAACUUUUGGCGAACAUAUCAAAAUCUGGGACACCACUCGGCUGGAGAGGAACCUGACGCCAAGAUCGCGUCAAACAUACCGUCAUGCUCCGGGGUCUCGUGUUAAAGCGCUGACUUUUGUUGAGAAUACCUACACAUUUAUCAGUGCUGCGACUGAUGGUAGUAUUCACGCUGUCAAGGUGGACUACCAAAAGGUCCAUGAAUCUGCUCGAUAUGGAAAACUCCAGCUGGUCCGCGAAUACCAACUUCCAUUGGCGGACAAUGGAACACCGGAAUAUGCGGUUUGGAUAGAACAUUUCCGGGAUGAAGGCCAAUCAACUUUGCUUGUUGCAACAAACACUUGUCGGAUCUUGGCAAUCGACAUGAAAACUAUGCUACCAAUAUUCACUCUGGAAAACCCCGUCCAUCACGGAACGCCUACGACUUUUUGUUGCGACAGGCGGCACACCUGGCUUCUAGUGGGCACAACUCAUGGAAUUCUAGAUUUAUGGGACCUUCGGUUUCGCGUACGCCUGAAGGCCUGGGGACUACCAGGCUGGGGAUCCAUUCAGCGGAUCCAGCUUCACCCAACGAGACCUCGCGGACGCUGGGUCUGUGUAUCCAGCAGCGGCAGCCACGGCAACGAAAUCACUACCUGGGAUAUCGAAAAGUUCUGUUGUCGUGAAGUCUUCCAGUCGACUCCGCUCAACACCAAUGAAAGCAACUCGAACGGGACUGGUCAGCGUAGCUCUCGAGGUACCAGCUCUCGCCCCGCCGGUUCAAUCUCAGAGGCGUUGAACCAUGGCCUGUCGAUGAAGACCGACCGGAGGAUCCGCUUCUGGGAUCUGGCACGUAUCGAGCACUCAAUGAUUGUCAGCGGCCUGGACAAUGUGUCCGAAGGAAAUGGGGCUAGCAGUAGACCUCGAUAUGAGGUGUCUCAGCCUAUACCCAACCUCGUGGUGACGACGGAGCAAAUCCCUUCCACUUCUAGUGGUAGCGGGGCGAGUGCGGCAGGCAAGAAGGGGGCUGGUCCGCGACCCCCACGCAGUACGGUGAUUAGUUUGCAGCAGCAAAUGCUUCUCAAGAGUCAUCUUGAUAUCAUUCAGGAUGUGGCUGUGUUGCGACAGCCGUAUGGGAUGAUCGGCUACUCAGACUUCAAGUUCUACCCGCCAGCCCUGGAGUAG